CAACCGCGCUAGUUUCUCUCGCAAGUUUUCUUUGCAGUUGAUGUGAAAGAUGUCACCCUUACUGAGAGUCCUGUGGAACUUGAAAGAUGGCUUAAUUAUUUUCCUGACACCUUUAGUAUUUCUCCCUUUGCCACUGGUCAUCGGCACAUCGGAGGCCAACUGUGCGUAUGUGAUUGCUCUGAUGGCUGUGUAUUGGUGCACAGAGGCCCUUCCACUGGCUAUCACAGCCUUACUACCUGUUAUUCUCUUCCCCCUGUUUGGGAUCAUGCCGUCCAAAGAGGUGUGCAUGCAGUAUCUGAAGGACACCAACAUGCUGUUUGUGGGUGGACUCAUGUUUGCUGUGGCGGUAGAACACUGGAACUUACACAAGCGAAUAGCUCUCAGGGUUUUGCUAAUGGUUGGUGUGCGGCCAGCUCUCCUCAUGCUCGGCUUUAUGGGAGUGACUGCUUUUCUGUCCAUGUGGAUCAGUAACACUGCCACCACUGCCAUGAUGGUACCAAUUGUUCAGGCUGUGCUGGAACAGCUGAACAGUGAUGAGGCAGAGAUUCCUGAGAUCCACAGCAAGGAGGACAAGAGUCAAACACCAGAGGCCGAGUACACCUCGCAGUCAGGCAAUGAAAAAGAGGCCCAAGUGGUGGUGAACGGCUUAGAUGUCUCUGUGGAGGCUGCGAGAUGCCAGGAAGCUCAGGAGAAAAGGCAGAUCUGUAAGGGAUUGACUCUGUGUGUGUGCUACGCUGCCAGCAUUGGAGGGACGGCUACUCUCACAGGCACUGGGCCCAACCUGGUCCUCAAAGGUCAAAUGAGCCAGUUGUUUCCUGAAAACGAUGAUGUCAUUAACUUUGCCUCUUGGUUUGGCUUCGCCUUUCCGAACAUGAUCAUCAUGUUGGCACUGUCUUGGCUCUGGCUUCAGUUCGUUUUCAUGGGAUUCAACCUCAGGAAGACUUGGGGUUGCGGUUCGAUAAAGACAGAGAAGGACCUAGCCGCUUACAACGUGAUCCGGGAGCAGCAUCGUCUGCUGGGGCCCAUGUGCUUUGGAGAGCUGAGUGUCUUGGCCCUCUUUGUUCUGCUUGUGGUCUUGUGGUUCACCAGAGACCCUGGUUUCAUGGCGGGCUGGGCUACAUAUAUAUUCAACUCAAAUGAAGAGUAUGUGACAGAUGCCACAGUGGCGGUUUUUAUUGCUGUUCUCCUUUUCAUAUUGCCUUCCAAACCACCAAAACUCUGUCUCUGGCAUCGUCAGAGUGUAGAUUUAGAGCCCCAGCCUCCUGCUGCCAAAACACCAGCUCUACUCACCUGGAAGGUUACUCACAAGAAAAUGCCAUGGAACGUAGUGCUGCUAUUAGGGGGAGGUUUUGCUUUGGCCAAAGGAAGUGAGGACUCAGGUCUGUCUGAAUGGCUGGGUAACCAGCUGACACCCUUGCACACCAUCCCACCCUGGGCCAUAGCCAUUAUUUUAUGCCUCCUCAUCGCCACAUUUACCGAGUGUACGAGCAACGUGGCGACUGCCACACUCUUCCUUCCUGUCCUCGCCUCCAUGUCGCAGUCCAUUGGAGUCAACCCCCUUUAUAUCAUGGUGCCUUGUACUCUUAGUACUUCGUUUGCUUUCAUGCUUCCUGUGGCAACACCUCCCAAUGCCAUUGUGUUCUCCUAUGGCUACCUCAAGGUUUCAGACAUGGCAAAGACUGGCAUUAUGAUGAAUAUCAUAGGAAUUUUGUGCAUUUCUCUGGCCAUCAACACCUGGGGGAGAGCCAUGUUCCACCUGGACACUUUCCCUUCGUGGGCUAACCGCACUGGAGUGUGAGGGACUGACAACCAAACCCUCUGGAAACGCACAGUUCACUGCACUCUUUUUUCCUGCUUUGUGGGCCUCAGCAGAAAGAAGCUGCAGCACUGAAAAAAAGACAAACACCAUAGUUUGCAGGCUAUAGCCUUGUGUGAAUUUAGGCCUUUUAGCCCAGAAUACUGAGGGCCAGAUUUACUGAGCAAUAUCAGCCUUUGAUGUUUAAAUAGUGUGUCAUUCAGCAUUGAUUUAUGUUUUAUUUAUUUCAGCUGAUCUUGAAAUCUAAAAGU